UUUUGUUUAUUUCGUUAAUUAAUUCCCGAAUUUUGUCAAUGAAGUGCGUCAAACGUCACGUGCAAUUUUUUGGCACGCACGCGUGCCGUUCUUUUUGACAUUCUGUAAAAAGUGAAAGAAUCUGAAAUAAAACAGCAAAAAUUAAUAUUUAAAUGAAGAUUUUAAUCAUAGUGCAAUGUAUUUAAAAACAAUUACAAAUCUAACGGUAUUCUCCUGGGAAAGUUCACGCUAAGUCAUUCAAUAAAACAGACCUGUACCUGAGAAAAUGGUAGUGAAAACUUCCCAAAAACGCACAGUUCGUAUUUUGUUAGUGGGUGAUAGUGGUGUGGGCAAGACGUCGCUGAUUUUGUCGUUGGUAAGUGAAGAAUUUCCCGAAAAUGUACCCUCAAAGGCGGAGGAGAUCACCAUACCAGCUGAUGUUACUCCAGAGCAAGUCCCUACCAACAUUGUGGAUUACUCAUCAGCCGAACAAACUGAGGAUGACUUGGAUGAGCAGAUCAGAAAAGCCAGUGUAGUAUGCAUUGUGUACUCAGUGGAUGAUGAUGACUCUAUUGAAAGGAUCACCUCGUAUUGGAUGCCUCUUAUUAGACAAAAUCACCCCGAUGGCACUUGCCCAGUAGUGUUAGUGGGAAAUAAAAUAGACCUAGUAGAGUAUUCCACAAUCGAUGGUAUUUUUGAAAUAAUGGAGGAGUUUUCAGAGAUUGAAACUUGCAUUGAGUGUUCAGCGAAAACCUUAAAAAAUAUUUCGGAAAUGUUUUAUUAUGCACAGAAGGCUGUUCUUCAUCCCACUUCACCAAUUUACUCUGUGGAUAAGGCUGAUUUAUCAGAAGGAUGCAAAAACGCAUUGAUCCGGAUCUUCAAAAUAUGUGAUAUAGACUGCGACGGACUCCUGAACGACAUAGAACUGAACAACUUCCAAAGUCGUUGCUUCAAUGCGCCUUUACAGCCACAAGUGCUAGAUGACGUCAAAGCCGUGUUGAGAAAGAACCUAGAGGACGGAGUAUGCCACAAUUGUGUCACUCUAAAUGGCUUCUUAUAUCUACACAACUUGUUCAUACAGAGAGGCAGAAACGAGACCACUUGGACUGUGCUAAGGAAGUUCGGUUAUAAUGAUAAUUUGAAUAUGUCCAAAGAGUAUUUGUAUCCAAGUUUGAAAGUUCCUACCGGAUCUACCACAGAGCUGUCUUUCAAAGGUCAACAGUUCCUCACACACCUCUUCGAAAGGUUCGAUAAAGAUAGAGAUAAAGCCUUAUCGCCGUCAGAAUACGAAGAACUGUUUUCAACGUGCCCCACUCCCGCGUGGGGCCCAGACGUCAGCUCUAUGGUGCCAACUAACGAGAAGGGAUGGAUUACGUAUCAGGGGUACAUGUGUCAAUGGGCGUUGAUGACUUUGGUGGAUCUACCCAGGACUUUUGAGUAUUUGGCUUACCUGGGGUACAAUAUUUAUGAAAACGAGACACAGGUGACAGCGGUACAAGUAACAAGAGAUAAGAAGACAGAUUUAGCCAAGAAACAAUCCAGUAGAAACGUGUACCAGUGUCACGUAAUUGGUCCGUCAGCGUCAGGAAAAUCCACCUUUUGCAGGAGUUUUAUCAAAAGCAUCCUCGAGUCAAAUCCCCUUCAACCCGAGAAGACUGGAGUCCCAAAUUGUACAGUGAACGUUAUUCAAGUGUAUGGACAGGAAAAAAUUAUGGUACUUAGAGAUAUCAAUGUUAGGAACGUGUCGGAUCCUCUUCUUCCCGCAGAGGUGCAGUGUGACGUUGCCUGCUUAGUAUAUGACCAAAAUAAUCCGAAAUCGUUCGAGUAUAUCGCCAGAAUAUACAUUAAAUAUUUUGCGGAAAGCAAAAUUCCCGUUUUAGUAGUGGCGUGCAAAGAUGACCUGGAAGAAGUUCGACAAGACUACAUGCUACAACCUCAGAGCUUUUGUCAAAAAUACAAAAUUUUACCUCCCCAGAAGUUCUCCGCCAAAGGUCACAAUAGGAAAGACGUGUUCAUUAAAUUAGCCACAAUGGCAGCUUUCCCACGUUUUCAAGCAGCUUGGAUUUUAUUCUACAAACAUAGUCCGUUGCGUCGCAUGGUACAUGCGUUACUAGUACGACCCCAACCGACAGAGUGGUUAGAUCAUUUUUGCAGGAAUUUUCGGGAAUUCGGAGUAAUGGCUGCCGAUUCAACCGUUUGGUGGAAAGCAGGAAUUAGUUUAGCAGCAGUAACAGCUAUAGGGUUCAUCUUAGCGAAAGUUAUGCAUACAGCCGAUAAAACAAGAUAAACUGUGUAAUAUAUAAAGAAAAUAAUUAUAUUUAUUGUACCAUAUGUUUACUGUACCUUAUUUUUUGUAUCUAACAAUUGUGGAGAAGUUUUUUCUUAGAGAGUAGGUGUUUUAUUCUUUAUCCUAUUUACAGGAUAAUUUGUACGGUGCUGAGAAGCAAAAGUUAGGUUCUAGUUAGAACAAAAAUAUGUAUAAUUUUUUAAAUCAAUUAUAUUAUCUCAAGAGAU